CCCAAAAAAACAAUAGUAGUAGAAGAAGAAUUCCACUGCCAAAACUUACAUUCGUUGAUUCUCGUCAAUGCCCUGAGACACUGUGCACAUUGCAGAGGCACCAAAACGUAUUUUGACACGCUUGCAGGAUACUUCGCUUCGUGAAAUCCCUUGGGCUCCGUGUGAAAAUGGAGGCAUAUUUACGGAGCUGUCACGAUGUGCUUAAGGGUUGUAGUAAGAACAGCCCUGGGCUGCAUAUCGUAAUGGGGAAUGAGGCUUGUGAUAUGGACUCCAUGGUAUCAGCACUGACCUUUGCCUACUUUCUUUCAAAGACUCUGGACUCUAAGAAGGUACCAGUGCCUGUACUCAAUAUCCCACGGGCUGAAUUCCCCUUGCGUUCUGACAGUAUAUUUAUGCUGAGAGAGACCGGUUUAUCCCAGGACUACCUGUUGUUCAGGGACGAGGUGGACCUCUACAGCCUACACAAGGCCAAACGGCUCACACUGACGCUGGUUGACCACAACGUUUUGCCCAGCGCUGACAGUAUAUUGGAAGAUGCUGUCGUGGAAGUGAUUGACCAUCACCUCCUAGAGAGGCCCCCAUCUCGCUCCUGUCCUAUAACCAUAGAGACCGUGGGCUCCUGUGCCACCUUGGUGACAGAGCGCAUUGCCCAGAAAGCACCUGAGGUGCUUGAUCAACAGGUGGCUCAACUUUUAUAUGGUGCCAUUAUCUUAGACUGUGUAAACAUGGCACCCGAGGCAGGUAAAGUCACCCCUAAGGACAGCCAGUACGUCUUCUUUUUGGAGAAGCAUUUUCCAAAGCUGCCUCCAAGGGGCGCUCUAUUUCAGUCUCUACAGAAUGCCAAGUUUGAUGUGUCAGGCCUCUCGACUGAGCAGAUGCUGUUGAAAGACAUGAAAGUAGCAUCCGGUGGGGAUCUGAGACUGGCUGUUAGUGUAAUUUACAUGACACUAGAGGCUUUUCUACAGAGACGUGGCCUACAGCAAGACCUAUGUGAUUUCUGCCACAAUCACAACUAUAACCUGGUGGUUGCCAUGACAAUCUCUUUCAUUGACAACAAAGAGCCCUUCCGACAGCUAGCCGUCUACAGUUCCAGCUCUGUCUACAGGGAAGAGAUGAGUAAAGCACUAGAAAAGGCCAGAAAUCCCAGUCUGGAUCUUCAGCCAAUGAGCAGUCCAUAUUCAGAUGUAAAGGCCUUUGUACAGGGUAACACAUUAGCAUCACGCAAAAAGGUAUUGCCUAUAAUCUCAGACUUCCUGAAGGAAAAUGAGAGGAAAUUGGCUCAAAGUGGGACCAUUGAGGACCUUUAUCUGGAUGAUGAUUGCAAUCAGGAACAGAGUGACUUGCAGCAAUGUGCUGAGGAUACUGGAACUGAGGAUGAUACCCAAGUCCCACCAACACCAAUGAACAGUCUGGUGGAGGGCUGUCCCUUGGACAGUGGCCUGCCAAAAAUCAAUCCUGAGGUGCUGGUGGAGAAAGUUAGCAGGAUGGCUAGCAUGGAGGACCAGUCUCCUGAAGGACAAUGAUGGAAGAUUUAUUGUCCCACAGAAUCCUUCAUUACAGCUGAAGAAGGCCAGUCCUCCGCCUUCCAGAGGAUGCAGUGCAUAUACAGAGGUGCACAAGGGCAAGAAAAUAAAAUGCAACUUUUUUGAUCUGAUAAACUUACAACGGUACUAUAUGGUCGAAAGAGACCUUUCUGUUGACUUUUUAAUUAUUGGUGCACGUAGAUUGAAAUGGAACAUGCAUCAGAUUAUUCAUAAAGGUAUUUAAAGUUAGGAUAUCAUAAGAAAUAUUUUUUUUGGCUGAAUAUUGAUCCAGAUUUAUUCAUAUUUUGAUCUUCUUAAUUAACCAAAAGUCUGAAACUUGUUAAGUUCUACAAGUGACUGCAUGCAUCCACUACAAACCUGUGACUCACAAUUGAUAAAAUGAACUUUCAAAAUGAAUUCCCAAUGUGUGCUCUUGUGGUACAAGUAGUUUUAUGGAUGCUGGCUUUUGAUGCCUCAAACCUCUGUAUUAAUCUUUGUAGUAUUAAGUACCUCCAUUUUUUUAUUAAGUAUUUUCACUGAUCUGAAGCAAGUUUUCAACACAUUUCAAGUUUGUCCUCAGUUUGCUAUCACCCAGUGAAAUGUCAACAUCACAAAUCAAUGCAACAUUACAUCACCUGCCUUCAAGUAGUUACUAACAUUUAGUGGCUUAGUUUUAAGUAAAGGCUGAAGCAAAAUUUUGAAGCAGUGUUCUGCGUGGCAUAUUGUUGAUUGACACAGUUUGUAAAUAUGAUUGGGGAUUGUGUUUACAGUUAAAUAUUUCUAGACAAUCAGGCCAAAGUGUUAAAAUGCAGAAAUGUGAAGCUUGUAUGUUUAUCAAAGCAUUUUUGGAACUCUUCAGUAUUGACUAAUGAGUGGUGAAGUCAUCUUUUUGAGAUGGGACUAAUUUUGUAGGUGGAAAAACCUCUAAUAUUUUACCCUUAUGAAAAGAAACCAGGUUUAAUUUAUUAGCUGGUCAUAAUGUGAGUUCUUCUAAAACAGUCUAAUAGUUACAUACAGUAUUUAAAAUGUUUUGUUGUGGUGCUGUAUGCUUGCCUGCUUGGCUUCCGUUGUAAGUGUAUACUGGAAACACAUUGCCUAUUAGUUUAAGUUUCAUUUAAGUUUUUAUAUAUAUAUAUUGGCUGCCAAAAGUAUGGAAUAGUUGCGUGAUAUUAGCGUGAAGUGAUCAUCUGUGUUCUGCAACUGCUUUCGGGUCCUUCAAUAACAUAUAACAUGUGAGUAAGGGCAGCCAGUGGACUUCCUGGUGCCCUCCUAGUAAAAUGGUGCCCCCCUAGGGAGUUGGUGCCCUACGAAGACUGCAUAGUCUGCUUAUUGGGAGCGGCGAUACUGGUUCCUCUUCACUUCUAACAUCCACUUGUUAACUCUCCUAAGCUCUUCUCCUCAGGGGAAUCCCCACCAUUAUUUUGGAAGUCCAUUCCACUUCGUUAAGUGAGCGAGGAACAGACCCUCAACCCUUCGAUCUUGACCGAGGGAGCGAGCCUACUCUGAUGUAUGCUUCAGGCAGCUCCAUAUCCCACAAUGCAACUCGAUUGUGAAGUGACAACAGAUUGCACUUCAAUAAGCCCCACCCCCACACAACUCUAAUGUAUGAUGAAAGUGAAGUUAGGUCAAUUAAGCAAUUUAGAAAAGUUAUAUUGAGAUUUAACAGCAUAAUACUUGUAGCUAUCUUAAACUGCUUGUCACACAGUUAUAGCUUAUGUGUUCAUUGUAUGUAAAAAUUUUAAUUUGUGUAAACCUUAAUGAAUCCUUUCAAACUCAUUGUCCAUACAAAUUAAUUGUCAUGAAAAGAAAAGUAACACGAGAUUUAUACAAAGCCUCUGAAAGCAAUCACCGAAAACAGGUGCAAAAAUCACUAAUAAAUAAUAAAAGUACCAAUUUCUUUCCAUAAGAGCAAAAUCUGUACAUUAUUCCAAACUUUUGGCCGCCUGUGUGGGUAACUUUAGUAUUUUGUUACUUUUUAUGAUGUCAUCUUGAUUUUAAUUUUGUUCAGUAUUUGAUUUAGGAUUUGACUGCAUUAUAAAGAUGUGUGUGUGAAUAUAUUUGAGAUUAUCAAAACAUGCAACUGUAUUUUUAAUUUGUUCAAUGGGCUGCAGCUUAUUAACAAUAAUUACUAGCGUGAUAAUAUGAUCAAUCUCAAGAAAAAGAAUCACAUUUACCUUUUUUUUUUUUUUUUUUUAGAUUAAUAAUUAAAAAGGUUAAGUCAUAAGGAAAUUUUAUUAGGUCUAAAUGGAAGAAGCACGUGUACUGGCAUAUUAUUGGACCAGCAAAUAAAGGUGUUUUUGUCAUGGAAGCAGAACAACCUAAAUUAUUGCGGCUUAACAGAAAUAAAUUUGAACUUUAGUUUCAUACUCACUUUGAUAUCGGUCUCUCGUUUUGGACUAGUAAGAUUGUGUGUUGGUAUUAUGAGGACUUCCUCAAAAGUGUUGUGUACCCAAUGUUAAUUAACCCUGACAGAUAGUUUGGUGACAUUUGACAUGGUGAAAACAGGAUUGCUGCAUGCUCAAACUAAUGGCACAUUUUUAGUUUUUGAAAAUUAUACAGCCAAACUCUAUACCACCAAUAAAUUAAAAAAUGAAUGCACAUUGAAUGAAUUGUUGAUUUGAAUGUCCAUGUAUUAAUGUGCUGUUAUGGUAAAUUUCUCUCAUUGUUUACUCUCAUGCCAUCUGCAGAACACAAACUAAGAUUUUUAGAAGAAUAUUUUAGGUCUGUAGGUUUUCCGAAUGCAAAUGAAUGGCUGCCAAAACAUUGAAGGUCUAGCAUAGGACUCCAGUGCAAAUUUAUAUCUUCUGAAGCAAUAUGUAGGUGUGGGUAAGAAACAGAUCAAAACAUAAGUCCUUUUUGCUGAAAAUCGACACUUUCACUUCCACAUUCUGGCGUGGAAGUGACUUUCACGUCCAGUCAUUUACUUAGCCUUCAAACAUGGUGAUUUAUAUAUAUAUAAAUGGCAUAAAUAUGUAUUUGUUUCCCAACCUUACCUAUCAUAUUACUUCUGAAGAAAUGGAUUUAACCACUGGAGUCAUAUGGAUUACUUUUAUGCUGCAUUUUUGUCCAUUUUGGAUCAUCUGAGUUCUGGCCACCAUUCACAUUGUUGUGUACCUACAAAACUGAAAUAUUCCUCAAUAAAUCUUAAUUUGUGCUCUGCUGAACAUAGUCAUUCACAUCUGGGAUGGCAUGAGAGUGAGUAAAUGGUGAAAUAAUUUACAUUUCUGGGUGUACUAUCCAUUUAAGUAUCAAAUUUGUACUGUGACUUAAAUAUAAAUAAAAACAUUGGCAGG